CUUGCGUUCUGUCGCCACCUAGAUCCGAUCAUGAAUCAUGAUCUGAUUAACUUGCAUCACACGCGUAUCCUAAUUCUAUCAAGAAUCCUCGCAAACUGAAAAAAAGGAAAAAAAUCUGACAAGAAAAGAAGAAGAACAGGAAGUUGUACACGCCCAAAGAUCUGUGACGUUACAGAGAAAUAACCGUGAUAAUCUCAAAUCCAACGGCAAAAUCUUGGAUGGGGGAAGGAAAAGCGAAGUGCGGUGCAACGUGGAAAGCAACACGUAACCUCUCCACCCCCGUGCUUAACACGGGCGCCCAUCCCUCCCGUCGGAUCCGCCUCCCUCCCGUGUUUGCGCCAUGGGCGAGACCCCGCGUACCCCGGCGCCGGAUAGGCCGCCGCCUCCCGUGCCGGUGCGCGUUCCCGUGCCAGAGCCCCAGCCCGAGCCCGAGACGCCGCAGGCGUCGCCGUCGCCGCCUCCCGCGCCCGAUCCGCCGACGCCGCUGUUGUUUCCGGAGUCGGCGCCUUCGACGCCGCGCGAGGAGUACCACACGCCGCCGCCGUCGCUGGACGAGGCGCGUGACGAGGCGCUGGUGCCUCAUCAGGAGGGCGUCGUCGACGUCAACGGGGGAUCGGAGGCCGCCGCCAAGAGCCCGCAGCUCUCGCCGGUGCGGCUCCAGGUGUCGCCCUCGCCCCACCGGUUGCUCCCGCCUGCGCCGGGCUCUCCCGCCGUCAACGGUGAAGAUGGCGCCGCCGGGACGGCGCAAGGCCGCCGUCCGGGACGCCCGCAACUUCACCUCGCGACGGGCCGCCUCUUCCGGACGCCGUCGCAGGGGUCCCUCGCCAUGUCGUCGCCCUCGCCGUCGCCUACGCCGCCGUCACCGCUGACUCCAGCGCCCGCCACCACCGCGCCCGCACCCACGCCCACGGCCAAAAGCAAGAGCGGGCAGAACACGCCGAAGCACAAGGAGGCGUUGAAGCCGCCGGCCACGCCCGUCGCGACGGCGAUCGCGAUACCGUUCAACCCGGCCGAGGAGGCCAUGACGUCGCCUCUGCGGAUCGGCAACGGCAAGGCCGCGCGGCUCGACCACCAGCACGGGCCCGUGGCAGGGGCGGCGGAGAACGGAGGGGACGUGCCGCCAGAGGUGGCGGCCGUGGCCGCCGUCGGGGAGAGGAGGACGACGUCGGUGGCGCUGCGAGUGGCCACGGCGGUGCUCAGCCUGGUGUCCUUCGCGCUCAUGGUCAGCGCGCGGACGUCCGGCUGGGCCGGCGACCACUACGGCCGCUACGAGCAGUACAGGUACGCCGUCGGAGUGAACAUCGUCGUCUGCAUCUACUCGAUCGCGCAAGCGUUCGGCGAGAUUCGCCGCCUGGUUUCGCCGAGGUUUCUUUUCCGGAGCACCUCGAGCUACUACUUCAGCCUCUUCCUGGAUCAGGUGUUGGCGUAUCUCCUCAUGUCGGCCUCGUCGGCGGCAGCGUCCCGCAACGAUCUGUGGAUGUCGAGCUUCGGCAAGGAUCCGUUCAACAAGAAGAUCAACAGCGCGGUGUGGUUUUCCUUCAUCGCGUUCAUCGGACUCGCCACCAACUCUCUCAUCUCCACGGCCAAUCUCUUCAGCAUGAUAUGAUACGUACGGCCAUCUCUCAAGCUGAUUUGGGGAUGUGGAGUACUUAGUUUCCAUCGUGUAAAUUUUUGUGGCACAUAUACACAUAUGUUCUCUGUCUAGGGUCAUGAUCAGGAAUUCAUUUGCACACACACGACUAAUAAAAUAUAGGAUAAAAUAUGUUACACUGUUUCAUGAUUAAAAUAUGUUACACUGUUUCAUGAUUAAAGAAGCUUGAUGUGUCUCAAAGUCCUUUCUUUGCAUAGCAUUGCUAGGGAUUACUGUUGCAAAUCAAUCGCUGUUGAGAUGCUACAAAUUAAUUAUCUGUAAAGAUGUGGUGAUUAUAUGUAA